AAUAUAAAGAUACCAAGUUACUUCUUAUGGGGCUGUUGGAAGAUAACAAGUGCUAGGCAUUCAGAUAUUGUGAGGGUAAUGUGAUCAGCUAGAGAGGUUUCCUAGAUCAAAGUGAGGCUUUUGGGAUUUCUGCAUGCUGUGAGAAGUCCUGGGGUGGACUCAUCUUUGUGAUGCUUAAAAAGGCAAACCAAAUGAAACCCAAACUGUACAACUGUUUCUCCUAGACUCUAUCUAAAAUUUGUCCAUGUCUGUACACUUCAGCCCUGGACUACUAUGCAGUUUACCAGAUUAGUUAAGAAAAAUUAAUAGACUAUUGUAUUCAAACUCUAAUGGUGACAUUAAUCUAAUGGUAUUCACUUUUGCCUGUCUCUGGAAAUGUUGCAUGUUCUUGCUGCUGGCUUUUGAGGUCUCACAUCUUUUGCUGCUGGAAAUAUGUGCAUUGCUGUUUUCCUGGAGUACUCAGGUAAUUGGCUUUUUAUUUACUUUUUUUUGGGAGAAUGGUAUUUCUACCCAUUUUGAUUUUUCUUUUUUCCCUUUGUUUAUUUUUUGUAUCUAUAUGUUAGAGGCAUAUUAAUCACAGAAGCAUUAAUUGUUCUAAUCUAAAUAUAGGACACUGAAUAUUUUGAUCCCUGGUAUACACAUUGCCAUUUGAUAGUUCAGACACUCAUCGAAAUAAUUUUAGAUAUUUCUUGCUGAUGCUCAGUCACAAUUACUUCCUCUAAAACAUUUUCUUGCAGUUUCAGAUAUAGUGUAUUGCACCAUGGCUGGUAAAGAUAUUUAUUGUUAAACUUAACUGUAAGAUAGCCAGUGACUGUAACUGCUUUUUGAAGACCAUUAUGACAGUACCCAGUUUAGCAAAAGAUAUCAAGUAGUUCAAGCAGUUUACUGAUAAUAUUAAUCUUCCCUCAUAAAGAGCUAGGUUUGAUUAUUAAUGUUGAAGUGUGUGCAAAAAUAAAAAAUGGCUCAGAGGUAGCUAAUUCAUUCUCAGAGUUGAGGAGAAAUUUUUUUAUGAAAUAUAAAAUUAGCAUAUGAUGUAAACAUAUGAAAUCUCCCUGAUUUUCUCUUCAUAUUUUUAUUUUAUUAUAAAACAUUUUCGUUUAUACUUGGGUGAUUACUUUCAAAUGAUUCUUCCGGAAGAAUGUAAAAUGUUACUUGUAAAAUUUUAGCUGUAUAUUCUUGUUAAUGAAACAUGGAACAUUAUCAGGUGAGAAGCCAGGGACAGAGCAAGAUGAAGUUAAGCUGCAGAACGCCAGCAAGCAGAUUGUGCAAACUGCUAUCCUCCGAGCAGUGCAGCAAGUUUCCCAGGAGAGCCAGCAGAAGGAGAAGAGAACAAACAGCAGUACAAGCCUCCAGCUAGAAAGAGGAAAAUUAACCAAGAAGCAUGAAAAGAAGUAAAGGAGAAGACUGUUUUUUUUCAGUCCUCCAGUCUGUGUGUUUUCAGCCUUCUCUUUAGUAUCAGCUGUAUUGCUAGUGCAAUGUUACUGUCAUAAAGUAAACCAAAGUAUAAUCACACCUAGACAUAGGGUAAAGCUGCAAUAGUCCUCAGCUGAGAAAUACUAAGUGCAUUAGAUGACUAUAUUUAUGCAGUGCCUCUUAACAGAAACAAUAACCAUAGCUAUAAAAGUAGUUCCAAGCACAAGCUUUUAUGAUAUGGACUUGUUCUGAAAAGCUUGUUAUCAGUGCACUUUCAUGUAAGUUCUGCGUGCAAUGUUAAUGUCAGUUCAGCUGGAUGGACUCUUCUUUGAGUUACUGGGUUCACUGAAGCUGUCUUCACUGAAGAAAUAGCAGAAUGCUUUCAGGCUGCUUUGAAGCACGAGUUUGUACUUUGCUUUGAUUAAACAUGAACUAUGCUCAAAUGGCAGUAUAAAGUAGAUUUGGUAAGUUCCGUGAACCAAUUUUUUUCUUCAUCUUGGGAUGGGGGGAAAAGCAGUCCAGUAUGACUGUGGUGACUGUGAUUUAUGACUGUGAUCAUAGAUCUAUGGUCUAUGUCUUUUUUUAAAUAAGUUAAAAGAAGUACUGAAGUUUUAGCCUACUUAUUUGAAAUACUUCUUUACUUCUGCAAAAAAAUCACUUGUGCCUCAACUAUUCCUUUAAAUUUUCUUGAUACUAAAAGAAGAGAAGCUGAUGUGCUGAAAUGGAAUCCGCCAGCUUUUCCUUCAGUUUUGCAGCUUUGAUGAGGCUUGGUUUACAGAAAAUUAAGACUGGAGUGGCUUAAAAAUAGGUUUUGAAUUUAUUAAUAUCUUAAAGGAUGGAAAUACACUGUGUCUGAAUUCUAUCAUGGUAGAUAUUUCUCACCUGCUGGGCAUAAAGUGACUUCAGAUAUCUACAGUUGUUACAUAGAUUCACUUUAAAUAGCACUGUGUUAAGCUGGUAAUACAGAACUUAUCCUUUAACUGCUCUAUAUCGCUGAAGAAGUCCAUGAUUUUUCUGAAAAUAGAAAUUAAAUACAUGUAGCUUUCACUUUUAUGCUCCCUUACUGUAAUGAUGAUUGCACUAUUAACAUCUGAAAUGAGUAACAGUAUAUUUAAUUCUAGACUAGUUUAUAGCUCUAAUUCAACUGAAUUAUUGUAGUAAUACACCUAGAAAUACAGAGAAGCAGAUACACAGGAUCUGCAAAGGAGACAAACUUUUGUAAUUGCUUUUCUACUCAGAUGAUUCUCAAAGAAACUGGUUUAAGUAAUUGGUUAUAACUUGCUGUGUCCUACUGCUUGUGUUAAACAAUUUCAGGGUUCUUUCUCAUGGCUGGAGGCUUAUUCAUGAAUAGCCACAUUCUGUAAUAUUAAGUCUUUAAAGAGUGCUUGGUUCCUUUUUUUUUCUUUUUUUUGUAAUUUAACAGCAUUGACUGUAACAGAUGGUUUAGCUCAAUCUUCUUGUGCUUAAAAGUGCAAAGAAGAAUUCAACAUGAUUAAAGUUUGUCUGAAUCCUCUGAUAAUGAAAACUGACCGGGAUUGCUAGUACACAGUUGAUUCACUUCUAUAGACACUGGGUGAAUCUUCCCAGCCAAGCAGACUUUGAAAGGUGGAACUAAUUGUGUCGUGAGGCCUGUGCAUGUUUGUCAUAAUGAUAUGUUUUUUUAUCAUUAGUCUUUUUGUCAAUUUGCCUUAGGCUGGGAGGUAGCUCUUUGCAUCUUUGCCUUCUAAGAGCCUAAGAAAACUGAUCAUGAGUAAAGGUUAAAUUGUGAGGCAAAUGAGCAGGCAAGCCUAGUGGAUGGAGAGCAGUCCUGUUGGAGACACUUCAUAGUGCAUAGUGAUGUUUUCCAUGGAUUCACUUACAGUGCUGUAGGAAGGAGAGCUAUAGAACAGCAAUAUCCUCAUUUCUUGGGAGUUUUCUUUUUAUUAAUGCUUUUUGUCCCCAUAAAUUUGAAAUAGGUCUCCUUUUUUUACAUAUAUAUGUACCUAGUAGUUAUUUUAAUAAUCUGUGUGUAGUCUGGAAAUUUUUUGCAUGUCCUAUUUUUGUAAGUGUUAAAAAAAGAGGAAUUUCAAAACACAGUGAAUCUAGGCUUUUGCUGGAUCCACUGCUUCAUGUGAUCCUAUUCCACUCUCCUCCCACUAUGCUCUUCUACAAUAUCGCUUCACUGUCCUUGUCCUUUUGGACAUGCUAUUGCUCAAACAUUAAAUAAUACCUAUCAUCUUCAGUGUUGUCAGAUAUCUAAUAUCUUGGAAAGCCUAACAGAGCCUUGAGGAAGUUUUCAAUGGUGUCCUAUAGAGGAAAAAGAAAUGAUGUAGCUUAAAUAGCAUAGUUUUCCCUGAGAGCCAAAUAAUGUGUCUAGCUAUAGUAUAUAUCUCUAAAUUAAGGCAUGAAUUUAGUAUUUCUUAUUUACAAAGGGUGUUCUGCACACCACUUGCAUCCAGGAUAUGUAGCUGAGAUCUGUACUGCACAUGAGAGAGUUGCAUAGAAAAAAACUUUACCUUUGGCUUGUUAUAUUCUCACUACAUGGUGAAAGGGGGUAUUUUUGGUAUCUUCACUGACAGAUUAUAUUUUCAGGACAAAACAGAGGUGAAAGAAAUUACUACAGAUGUGAUACAGGUCUGAUUACAAAUAAAAAAUCUCAGAUCUUAAUAUCUUA